CUUUUUCUGGGAGUGUUUCGGAGUAUAAAACGUAUAUAUUUUUGUUUCUUUUGGCAAUGCCUUUGUAUUUCUGGAUUACUUUGUAUAUAUAUAUUUUUUAAUUUAAAACCUGAUCCUUUUUACUUGAUUCCAAAAUUGCUACGAUCGACCCGAUUUCCGAUCAGGUGAUCGGGGACAUCCCUCGUGUAUAUAUACCUACUGUACUUAUGGUGCGUUACUCUAAGCCAAAUGCUAUUUUAAAAAUUCUAUCAAAAUAGUUGUUAUUUAAUUUGCUUAUCCUUCAGUUGUCAGUAAGUUAAACUGUGGCAACCUUAUGAGCUUGACACCUGUUUUACACCACAGGUAUGUUUUUCGGAUCCAACUACAAAACAAUUCUAGUAAUUUUGGAGGUCUCGGACCUGAAGUUGCAGCAAAAGGAUAAAUUAAUGUUUGCAGAAAAAAGGUAAUAGGUAAAGACUUUUUUCCCCCAAAAUUUAUUUUUAAAAAAAGUCUUCAUGGACAUACUAGUAUAUGAAAGUGUGGUUGAAUGCACACAUUGAAGAAAGAGCUGAAUAUACUUGAGCUUGAGGAAAUCAGCUGGAGUUAGAAGAGAUGCAGCCGGAUGGAAAUUGGGGACAAGAAAAACAAAAAGAACAAACAGAUCAAAGCAAGCAUCCCCCCCCCCCCCCCCCCCCACCAUUGAAUAAAAAGCGGAUGUCCGCUUCCCCUGGCCAACUCACUGUCACUUCCUUUACUGUACAUCUGACAUCACAACAUCUCUGGAAUGUUUUAGUCACCACACUGUAUCUCUAGACUGAACUAAGCAGAACAUUCUUCCACCUUUCAUCUGAUCAUGGGAUCCAAACUGAAAAUGGUUGACUUCCUGUAAACAGCGAGUCAGCUCACAGGAGCACAGCUGUGUCUUAGGGGGGCAGGCUAUUUUUAUAUAUCCACUCUUUGUUUUUAUUUCUCUCACUUCCAGUCCUCCAGCCACCUCCUAAGCGACCUGCACCACUGCCCUCAUUUUUGCUUCAGUUUCUGUUUUGUUCCUAGAUUUAUUGAUUUAAUUUUUCUUGAUCUGUGAACAUGGCAAACUCCUAUUCGGCAGCAGGCAGCGAGGGUAGCAUCUCCACCUCAGUGGCGUCCCUGCCUCCGCUGGCUUCGAGCAGCUCGGCCCCUAGCUCCCCCGGCUCCAAGCGCUCCGUCAGCACAUUAAAGAAAUGGCUCACAAACCCCGUUCGCAAGCUCAGUGCUGGGGCCACAGCCAAAGGAGAGCGUCAGAUUCGCAAACUGGAGGGAAAGCCUCCACCUCUUCCAUCCCACAGUCAAAGCCAGGAUCUGGGCAGCUCCUUGAGGUCUGACGAGCCUCUCACAAUUCUGCCUGUCACACAUACAGAACUGCAGGAGUGGAAAGAUGGCCUGGCUAGCCCUGAGGAUCUGUCGCCGGCGACACUCCAGUCCCCUGGUUACAUAACCGACUCGCUGAUUGGCUGCAAAUCGCUGCCUCACACGCAGGACACUCUGGACACUCAGUCUACCUCUGUUGUACCAGAGGACAGCGGCUCCAUCCUGAUGGAUGACACUUCAAGUCAAUGGUCUUCAGUGGCUGACACAGAGGAGGAAAGGAAGAGUGCACUGGAGAAAAGUUUGUAUGUACUGAAGGAGCUUAUUGACACGGAGAAGCAUUAUGUAGCAGACCUGGGCCUCAUAGUGGAGGGCUACAUGGCCACUAUGAACUCCAAAGGUAUACCGGAGGACAUGAAGGGAAAAGACAAGAUUGUUUUUGGAAACAUUCACCAAAUAUUUGACUGGCAUAAAGACUACUUCCUGGGAGAGCUGGAGAAGUGUGUGGUAGAGCCAGAGCGACUGGGUCAGCUCUUCAUUAAACAUGAGAGGCGUCUGCAUAUGUACGUUGUGUACUGUCAGAACAAACCCAAGUCAGAGCACAUUGUCUCAGAGUACAUUGAAAGCUACUUUGAGGAGUUGCGUCAGCAGCUGGGUCACAGGCUGCAGCUCAAUGACCUACUCAUCAAACCCGUCCAGAGGAUCAUGAAGUACCAGCUGCUGCUCAAGGACUUCCUGAAGUAUUACACUAAAGCUGGGAUGGACACCGAGGAGUUGGAGAAAGCAGUAGAAGUAAUGUGCUUUGUGCCAAAACGUUGCAACGACAUGAUGAAUGUUGGCCGACUCCAAGGCUUCGAGGGGAAGAUCACAGCCCAGGGGAAGCUGCUCCAGCAAGACACCUUCACUGUUACUGAGCAGGACAGCAGCUUCCUAUCCCGAGCCAAGGAAAGAAGGGUCUUCCUGUUUGAGCAGCUGGUCAUCUUCAGUGAGCCAAUUGACAGGAAAAAGGGCUUCUCACUCCCAGGGUACAUCUUUAAGAGUAGCAUUAAGGUAAGCUGCCUGGGGGUGGAGCCCGCUGUGGAAGGUGAUGACGCACGCUUUGUGUUGACAUCGCGCAAUCCUGAUGGAAGUGUGGUACGCUUCCAGUUGCUGGCCUCCUCCGCAGAGACGUGCAGAGCCUGGGUUGACGAUGUUGUUCAGAUCUUGGAGACGCAACGCAACUUCCUCAAUGCCUUACAGUCCCCUAUUGAGUACCAACGGCGAGAAAGCAAGUCCAAUAGUUUGGGUCGCUGCAUGAGACCACCUGUGUCAACCACCAGUGCCCUGAGGCCCCACUCAUCAGCUUCCAUCGACCGCCACAAGUUACCCUCUCUCCAUUCCCAUAACACCUCUCUGCCUGCCCUUCAUCUGCCAAGUCAAGGCCCAGCUCGAGGACCCAGUGAGACCUACUUACUAAAUGACCCCGUUGUGGUCCAACCAUGCCCUCCUGACUCUAUUUCUCCAUCGCACAUUCAAUUGAACCUGUCCAAUUCUCCCAGCUAUCCUACGGUUACAAACGGGCUAUAUACACCAGCCGCACAAACUACACAGAGAGCGGGCGAUGGCUGCCGCAGGGGUCAAGACUGUGGAAGCCAGGCUCCAUUUUCGGGUCCCCUGGCCGGACGACGCCCGAGCAACUUGGGUCAGCUUGCAGAAGAUGAAUUAUGAUCUUUUCUGUCUCGCGAGGGACAGCAAGAGGACUACAAGAAUUCGGGAAUCUGAAAGAACAUAUGAAGGAAUUUUAAGCAGCACCUGUAAAUUUGCUCUUUUCUUUAGAAAAAAACAAAACAAAGCAAUUGCAAAAAGCAGGUUAUUGCUUGGAACUCAAAAGGACAAUCAGUGUUAUGAAAAAGACUGCGUUUUACCUUGUUUGUGGGUUUGUAGAAGGGGCAGGGGGAUCGAGUUGAUUUGACAAUCAAAUGUUCAUUCCUAAUUGGGGCGGUCACUGGAGUGUGCCUUUCAGUGCGUAUGCAACAGUGUAUGGAUGUUAUUUUUUCCUCUGCAUGAGCGUGUGCAAGGUUCUGAAUGAGUUCUUCUUGAACUCUCCGUUAAAAAGACACAGUACAGUAAUACACCUGGCCGUUCCUCAGUUGACUGUUGAGUUUACAGGAGCAGGAAACAUUUCAUUAGGACCAUUUACACUAAAUUCAAGAGUAAGUAUAAAACACAGACAGGGUUGCCUUCUAUAAGGGCCAAGUGUAAAGAUUGAAGUGCACGGAACAAGUUCCCUGGUAUACUCUGAAGACACUUUUUGUUUAUAUUGCGCUUUUGCCGAAGUUAUGAAGACCUCUGAAGGGCGCUAAGCGUCGGACACUGCUACAGUAGCAAGGCUGUGUGUUUAUUUGUUCACCUGCUAAAUUCUAUGGUGUAUCUUUUAUUGAAUUAUUAUUUUGUAAUUAUUUCAAACUUCUUCCAAAGCUGAGAAGUGACUUUUUAUUUCACAGGCCUGAUACGUGAUUGUGAUAUCCAAAGAUUAAAAACCUGUAAUCAGUUGUCCUGCGUGUACUGUAGGCCUUAACGUUAAGCCGUGGCGUGAAGUAAAAAGUACAAAAAUGUUUGGUUACCAUGCUGAAAUACGUUUUUUUAAGUAUCUCUAUUGUUCUUAUUUGAUUUUCUGAUGACUGAUACAUGUUCUGUUGCACUUAAAUACAUUUUGAAUCUCUU